CCUUCCUGCCCCCUGCACCGCUUCUCGCCGGGAAGUGUCACUACAGACAACCAGCACAACAGCUCUCGCCAUCUUCCCGAACGUUGAGCUCAAUAACAGACACCAACGAGAACCCACUGUAUCAAAACGAGAUCCCAUGAUGGCGUCGGUCCUGGAGACCGUCGAGGCGUUCGUGCACGGUGCCCCGCCAGGAGAGCUCGCAGAUGUCGUUGCCGAUAUCAAGGCCCUCACGAUCAAUGAGCAGCCAGACCUGAUUGCGGAGCUCGAGCCCGCGUUCGAAAGGUACAAUGAGGAGCAAUUCGUCACGGUGAAGCUGCCCGAAAGCAGUCAGCAAGUCAUCAUCAGCUCUUUCAGCUCCCUUGGCGACGGCCGAUACUUCGACGUGGAGAGCUCCUCCAGUUUCUCCUUCGAUCACACCACACAGAAGGCCAGUGCCGUGCAGAGCUAUGCUCUGGAAGGCGCACAGGCAGACCUUGUGAAAUCCACAUUGAAGAGCUUGUCGGCAUACGUCAAGGAACACUUCGCCAACGCGUCGUACGGCGUCUACCCCAUCGAGAACGACAGCAGAGUUGCCGUGAUCAUUGUCGCCAACAAGUACAGCCCCAAUAAUUUCUGGAACGGUCGCUGGCGCUCCCUCUACAUCUUUGAUCCUUCGUCUGGCAGCCUAGAGGGAAGCAUCAAGGUCGACGUGCACUACUACGAGGACGGAAACGUACGGUUGAUCACGAACAAGCCAGUCACCGGCUCUGUGUCUUCAGGCACUGGCGCUGGCAUCGCCAAGGAGGUCGCGGCGACGGAGAAGAAGUACCAAGAGGAGCUUAACCGGGGCUUUACGAGCUUGAGCGAGGGCGCAUUCAAGGGUCUGCGCCGGCAGCUGCCCGUCACGAGGCAAAAGAUCGAGUGGGACAAGAUCACGAGCUACCGGGUCGGCCAGGAUAUUGGUGGAGGUAGUUCGCGGCGGUAAGAGGAUAAGGUCCGAGGGCUGUCAAGCUUGCGCGAGCGUUUCUAUGCCAAGUAGAGCGAGAGACCAGGGCUGGGACGAUAGGACUCCCUCCUCGGCUGAGACUGCGUCGUGC